CAUGCGCGGGACCACAGAACCACAAGAAGCAGCUUUACGCACAAGAACACUUGUGGUUUUCGGUAAUAGUUUGUCUACUGAAAGACGUCAUGUUGCUGCUGAGGACCUUUGCGCCCUGGUUGCUGUUGGCCUUCCUCGGGCAGCAAAUCUCUCUGUCCUCCGGUGCUCGCAAUAAGAGCCGAGGAGCGGACAAGACCGUGACCCCAGCCGCUGACAGAGCGCAGAGGAACGCGAACAAGCCUGCAGCGACCGUCCGGGGGAAGUUCACCACGAACAAGAUGCAGUGCACGUGGGGGGCAAGAGACGUCCGGGACACGGUGAAGCUGUCGGUGAAAUGCGAGAACCCGGAGGCGCAGUGUGAGUACACGGGAAAACCUGAGAGCUGCCCGGGCUACCUGUCCGAUCCUAGGGGCUUCUGGAAACAGGUAGCCCGUGCGCUCAAAAGACUCAAAGACAAAGUGUGCACGGACGAGCGCGCGGUGGUGAAGGCAGGCAUGUGUAAGCGCGCGCCCCGGUAUGCACACUUCAAGCUCAGCUCCGUAAUGUUGAGUCAGUUCCGAGACCGGGAGACUUCCACGCCCCCGCCACCCAGCUCCAUCACAGCCGACCCAACACCGUGCACGGGGCGCGCGGACCACCGGAAAAGGGCGGAAGAAUACUGCAGCAGCUCAUGGGCCAGUGUGUGCGCCUUCUUGUUCUCCGUGGUGCAAAGGGACUGUUAGCUUCAGAUCCCACGGGGUCGCGCACAUGACCAGACUGAUACUGAUUCGUGCAGGUGUGCUAUCAGGUGUUUAACUGUGACUCUUACCCGAAGACACUAUUUUAUUUCCAUUAAUUGUAGUAAUUUAUCCACAGAAAAUAGCUCGUUACCAUUAAUUAAAGCACAGUUAUUACAUACUUGCAUGUCUACUUU